UAUAGCACUGCUGGACGGGCUGACUCCUCUUUGCCAGACAGUAUCAUACGUAGGGGAGAAAGCGUUAGUUUGCUAGAGAAAAGGCAUAUCUGGGGCUUAUGAAUUUUAAUAUUUAUGGGUGCAAGUCAAUAACAGAACACUGUGGUUACAGUGAAACAGUAUUUGUUCUAACCUGCAGGCACACACCCACUCUUCCCUUCCCUCCUUCAUACAGAUCAGAACUACAGAAGCAAAUUGGCACCUCAUUUGUCUUUCUCCAAAUAUGGGGCAAAAAGUAGAUCCAUGUGCUCUGUUACCGGUGGAUUAGUUCCAUGCAAUGCGGUGCAUCUGGAUGUAGGAGGAAGCAGAGGGAAAGGACCAAAUGCGUGUUUAUUAUCUUUGGACUCAUUGCUGGAUAUGGGAUGUAACACCAUGAGCGCGUGACGACCCUAUAACAAACAGAGAUGCAGAUCCUGCUGGCCGAGCUGCUCUGCUUCUUUACAGCCCUCACAUCUGCAGAAAAUGCUGCACUUGUGGUACACAGGCUGCUAAACCAAUCCGUUACUUUCUCCCACCCAAAGCUGAAUGUUCCUCUCAAUGCUGUGUACUGGAGUUUUAUCCACAAUGGAACAGAAUCUGACAGAUUAGCAGAUAUCACAGAUCAACAGAUGACUGUCCAUUCCGAUCAGUUUGCCAAUCGCACAGAGAACAAUGGAAAGGAAUUACAGAUCAGCGAACUGAGAAUGGAGGAUAGCGGAACCUUCCAAGCAGUUCUGAUUCCUAAAGGCAAAGUACAACUGACAAACUUGAAGUAUAAUCUCAUUGUGUAUGAGCCUGUUCCUGUUCCACACAUAGAAACACUGGAAAGGCAUAGUGCUGAGCUGUGUAAUCUUACACUCCAGUGUUCUGUCCCAACAAACACAAAAUCCUUGAUCUUUAGUUGGAAAACCAGGCACAGAGACCUUGGGUACCAACCCUACACAAAUGGAAGCACCAUCUCGGUCUCACUGAGGCCUGAAUUAUGGGGCAAUGAGUAUUUCUGUAUAGUACAGAACCCUGUUGAUCAGAAAAAUGUAUCCCUUGCUGCCCAAGAUGUCUGCCGUGGAGAAAGACAACCUUUCUUACGUUCUUAUUUUCUCCUGCUGCCUGCGAUCCUCAUCCUGUUACUGCUGAUAGCUGGGCUUAUUAUACUAAUGAGAAGAAAAAAUAAAAAAGCACCUGCUCCUACCAAUGGAAACACAUUCAGUGACCCUCUGUACAUUGAGGUGGAGAGGAAUCAGCAGAGUGAAAUCAAUCAGCAGCGAGAGGCCAUUUAUAGCCAGCCGAAAAGGAGAGACUUACCACCCAAAUCAAGUAUGCAUACGAUCUACAGUGUAAUUCGGCACAAUACGUGAUAUCUGUGCGAUUGGAUAAUCAGCAGAAAGGAGGAUAAAGUGCACCACGCUGUAAUGGAUAAAAGGAUAACAUUUCACCUGGGAAAUCAAUCUCAGACAUAUACUCUAUGCCUUUUGCCAUUACUUUGUAUGUUCUGAGACUGUUCUGUAUAGGUAGAUACUGUAGCAACGGCACUCAAGAGCUUAAUACGGGACUAUGCCCUUCAAAUACUUUAUUGCGGAAAAUGCAACGUUUCGAGGCAAGGACUGCCCCUUUGUCAAGUCAAGCAAGGACUGCCCCUUUGCCUCGAAACGUUGCAUUUUCCACAAUAAAGUAUUUGAAGGGCAUAGUCCCGUAUUAAUGUAUGUAUGUAUGUAUAUCUUUAUUUAUAAAGCGCUACUUAUGUACGCAGCACUGUACAGUAGAAUACAUUAAUACAAACAGGGGGUUAUUAAGAUAAUGGAUAAAUACAAAGUACAACAAUAAAUACAAAUAAAUACAAUGUACAGUUGCAAUAAGAGUCAGAAACAAGAUGAACGAGGUCCCUCUUGAGUGCCGUUGCUAUCUACCUAUUUGGAAUCUGUGGGGAGGGUGCCGAUCCCUCCGAGCACUGUGCACCGAGUGUUGAGUGACUAUCGGAGAGUGGAGGGAGUGCGGGUGAAGGUUCAAUUUGUAUUCCUGAGACUGUUCUGUGCCAUAGGGUGGUAAUUCUGAACCUCGAGGAAACGUACAAACCAAUGGAUCUGAUUCUGCUGUGCUCUGCCAAACGUCCAACAAAGCUUGUGCAUAACAUAUGCAAGUCUUUAAAUUUCAAGGUCAGCACAUGUGUUUUCAAUUGGGUAAGGCUAAUACCAACAAAUAGCCAAUCAGAGGAAAGAUGGCCAUACACAGAUUAAAGCUGCCCCUUUAGCCUUUAAACCAAGGCGGCAGCUUAUAUGUCUAUGUAUGGACUUUUCCCCAAUGGCCUCCCAGAUUGAUACUGUAUCUGGACAGAACUCGGGCAAAUUUGAAAACCCCAUGGAUUGGGCAUCCAUUGCUUGUGCCUGCACCCAGGCUGACCCAGUGGUUGAUGCCAGUGGAGGGGCUGAUUCUCAGCCUGUGUUUUUCCGAUGCUGGAGAAAUAGCCCUGUGUGGCAACAGCCUAAUGUGAUAUCUUCAAUUGGAAUCUGCACUAGAGACAAAAUCUGAUAAAUCUCUGUGUUUUAUAAAUGUAUUGUUACUUUAUAAAUAAACAUAGCUUUUGCUUACAUGGCAAAUCCUUGGAUUGUUGCUCCA